GCUGAUGGCCAUCUUGGUAUAUUGUAAUUUCAAGAUUCAUUUUGUUUCUGCUCAUCUCAUUUCUAACACCUGCCAACUGGGUCAAGCGAUGUGUUCGAGGCUUCUAACCUACGGCUCCGGGAGUUUCUGUAUUGUCAAGUAAUUUCCACCCCGCCACGGUCCGGCGACAUUGAAUUCGUCUACUCCCAUUGACUCUCACGCACAAGAUUUGCCGGGACCGAUCACAUGAAGUUUACCGAACUUGUCGCCCUCAUGACAUGGAUACGUUGCCCGCAACGGAUCAGAGACCUGAGUCGCUACUUCCCUCAUUUACAUAUUCCACAAAUGAAGCGGGCCGUCUAGACGGGUUGAGGCCAUUGAUUUCUUAAACUCGAAGUCGUGAGCUAUGGAGGCAUGUGCAAGAUGCGCGAUGGAGCGGACAUCGCUGGUAACUGACAUUUCAACUAGGCUCUGUAGACUAUAAGAAGCGUGCGGGGUCAGUGCUCGUAAGUUCAGCUUGCCGGCGAGACCUGUUGACCUCGCAGAACGCUUAUAUUACUCACAAUGUUCAGCGAGAGACUCUUGUUCUAUGUCCUCCUGCUCCCAUUUUUCGGCCUCCUCUCUCUUGGAGCACCUGCCCCCGGACCUGAACCAUCACUCAGCGAGCUCAUCGCCCGCCAGACCGUUGACACUUCACAGCACUGUGGUCAAUGGGACAUCGUCACUGCGGGUCCUUACACUAUGUUUCUAGACCUUUGGGGUGCGGCCGGUGCUACCUCGGGAUCUCAAUGCUCCCAAAUUACGAGUGUGAGCGGUAGUACGAUCGCGUGGAAGACGACUUGGACUUGGGUCGGUGGGAAUGGAGUGAAGAGUUUCUCGAAUAUUCAGUUGAAUGAGGGCAUCAAUAAGCAGCUAUCGCAGAUUAAGAGUAUGCCUUCCACCUGGAAAUGGUCACAGAACACUUCAGGCUCAGUCGUUGCUGAUGUCGCUUACGACCUCUUCACAUCGAACACUGCGGGUGGCUCUAACGUUAAUGAGAUCAUGAUCUGGCUGGCAAACUUCAACGCAGGACCUAUAUCCGCCGUCUACAACUCUGAUGGAACACCUCAGGCUGUAGCAUCGAACGUGAGCAUCGCUGGUCAUACGUGGAACCUGUACACUGGUUCUAACGGUGCCAACAAUGUGUUCUCGUUCUUGCCUACGAGCGGAACUAUUAUGAGCUUCGGCGGAGAUUUGCUACCAUUCUUCACUUACCUCACGCAGCACAACGGUGUCAGCACUUCACAGUAUCUGGUCACCGCGCAAGCUGGUACCGAGCCUACUAGUGGUUCGGCCACUCUGACUACGUCUGCCUACAGCCUCGUCAUCAAUUGAAGCUUCAAUUAUGAAUGGGUAGGCAUCCUCGAAUAGUCUAGCAUUCUGUACAUGGUCAAUAUAGUGUAGAGACUCGAGACUUAUGUUAACCCACUGCUACAACUUGAACUUUUUGUCUGAGUCGAGCGAUCGCCCUGGACGUGUCUUGGCACCCCGCGAUCAAACAUCAC